AGACGUAAUAACUUACAUACUACGAUAGGUAAACAAAAAAACAGACGUACACUUUAAGUUGAAAACAGCCGUAAAUGGCCGACAACCGAUCACUGUCAACGGCAAAACGAACAUCGAAUGCAGCCAAGGAACAGCCGUUGAUAAAAGUUUUGUCAGGUAGAUCUCACGAUCCUUGUCCAGGAUAUCAUCGUUCUGCUGCUGUAUGAGGUCGGUGUGAAGAAUAAGC